AUGAAUACGUAUUACGGCGAUCUCACGGAGACGUGGUCCAAUUUCUCUCUUUUGGUGGAUACUGCGGCUUUGCUGCACGAACAAGAACACAAGCCAACAUGUUACACGGAUAAGAAGACCGUAUCUCGAAAAGAAGAAGACGAACAGAGAAUGAAGAGAAUCUUCGAUCUUUUCCGAAGAAAACCAAGAUCAUCGGUAAAGAAACCUCUUCAAAACCCUAACGGUGCUUCUACUUCUUCUUCUUCACAACUCUUCGAUCUUAACACGAUUCCCUCAGACACUAAGACUAAAAACCCACAAAACCCUAGUUCCCUAUCGUCUUCCUCCUCGUGCCUAACAGAGAACAACAACACAAGCAGCCGCAAGAGACGUGCCGCGCAAGAAGGAAAGCAGCGCUGUUUCAAGAAAGCAAAGGUCUCACCUUUAUUCACAUGGGAGGGGAAAGACACGCCGGAUUGGAUGAUCCAGUUGAUGAGAAGCUCGAAAGGAGCCGCAGACCCGAUGCUAAUCUUCGAGAAGACUCUGUUCGAAACAGAUGUCAAACCAAGCCAGAGCCGUCUCUCGAUCCCUUUCCACAAACUCAUCCGAAACGACUUCUUGACACCCGCUGAGUCGCGGAUCAUCGAGGAAGACAUCAGCAACAGAGAAAAGAUGGGUUUGGGGGCGGUUCUUGUCGAUCAAGGCAUCAAGAAGUGGGGGGUGUUUCUCAAGAGAUGGGAGAUGAACGGUUCUUGGAACUACGCUUUGGUUUGUGGGUGGAACGAUGUUGUUAAGGCUAAUGGAUUGAAAGAUGGCGACAGCAUUAGUCUUUGGUCUUUCAGGUGCCGAGGAGUCCUCUGUUUUGCUCUCGUCCCCCUUCCCAUGUGACAGAGUAGCUCUUCUUUUGCUUUCUCUGUGAUAACUUCUUUUGGUUGAGACGAUUCUGUAGGUUUGUGUCUAGUGCCUUCUCCGAAUUGUAAUUAGGAUUUUGGUACAGUUGUGUUUGAUCUUACAACACCUUGUUGGGUUUACCUCAAGUGAUUU